GCAGAUUUAUAUUUUGGCGUAGCAGCACUGAUAUUUUUUGUCUCAUCAAGAAAUUUCGUUUUAUGUUCACUAUCCCACCAAAACGGUCGUGCAUUCCAAAUUGUGCGCGAAAGCGGUUGUUGCAAAUUCGAGUGCGUUAUUUGUGCGAAGCGUUACAACGCGUUGCUGUCAUUCCGGUCCUGUCAACCCCGACCGACCAGAACGGACUGGUGCUUGGAAGAAAAAACAGCGAAAAAUAUUCGUGUCCGCGCAACAAAAAGUAAAACUGAAAACAUUAUCCAACGCGACGAAAAAGGGUGUACGCUUUCCAUUACCCUAACCGUAGUGCGCGCUGGUGCUAAGAUCUAUGUUUGCAGAAUAUUGCACCCGCCCCCCGUACCAGUGCAAUUAUAAAUAGUUUUCAGCGAGCGAACUGCUGCUGCUGCCGCUGCAUCUGUCCAGGAGGAGGGGCCCAUCGGAAUCUUUGUCACACGGACGCGCUUACAAAAUGGCCCGCUCGAUAAGUCCCGGAGGCUACUCGAACUACGACGACGAUGCGAUGUUUCAGAACGCCGCCUUUACGCACGACAUCAGCGAACAGAUGCGAGUGCCGAAGCGCAUCCGGGCGACCGGGGACUACUACGACGAUCAGGACCUGCUCCCGAACGGUAAUGGCGAGAUAAACUCGUGGAACUACCACAACAAGAUCGAUAUGACCGUACCGGACCGUAUCGUAGUGCUUGGUCAGGAUCAGCAUUUGGUUCUUACAUCAGGCACCAAAUCGGCCCCACGGGAAAUAAUGCUGGAGAACUCCAUCCUGCCGAAGGAUCCGGGGUUUGUGCGCGUUUCGACGCCGCCCCGCGUCAUCACACUUUCGGAGCAUCACUUUCCGUCGGCUUCGGACGAACCGGAAGAGAACGCCAAAGACAACCACCAGGAGGAUAACUAUGGGCCGGCUUCGCUCGAGUCGAUCGAAGAUCCGAACAGCAGCAAUGCUUACUUCUCCCGGCCAUCGUUAGCGCACGGCCGGGAACCGUCUAAACGGUCCGCAUUUUCCAAGUACAACAAUGAGCUCACUUUGACCAGAAGCAUGCGCGAAGAAACACCAACCUUCGGUGGUAGUGUCGAAAACUUGACACCCUCAGAGGAGCUCACGCAUCUAAGGCGCCAGGUGGCUAAAAUAAAUCGACGCCUACUGGCGGUCGAGAUUGAUUCCGUACAAAGACAGCAGCGCGAGAAGAUUAUCUACUGCGUAGGGAUGGCUUACUUCCUGUUCAAAACCUUUAUGUGGCUCAGCCGGAAGUAAGUCGAACGGUUCAACCCGCGACCCAAUUUUCUCUGGUGGCCAUGCAUAGCUGUGUCCAUCGGCCAAGCGUACGAUAGAGCGGAGUGAGGUGGAAUUUAAUGUACUAACUCCAACAUAAUGGAUGGAGCCCGACAAAUGGCACACAAGUAAGCACCAUACCAUAACCAUUCAUCAAAACCCUUUGUUGGAGGUCAUCAACACGGAAGGUGCAAGGACGAGUCAAAGAAGGCCAUGAGCCCUUUGUUCUGCAGCAAUGGUGCAAGUGCGAUAGUGGAAAGCAUGUUGUUUAUUUGGUUUGUGUACAUGAAUACAUGGGGACGGGCGGGGGGUGUGUUAAAAUAUUGGCGUUUUCAAAAGGGAAUUGGUAAACUGAUAGUGAGGAGCGUGAUUUAACAAAAACAACAAAAAACAUUGUUCUGUACCAUUUAGUAGAAGAAGCUAAAGUAUUUCCACAAAAAUUGAGUGCUAGUUGAUUAGAUUUCCCGUUUCUUUUACGUUCUGUGAGAGUAGCAGACACAAAAAGGGUAGUAUUUUUACACAUUUUUUUAUAUUCCUCUUUUUUUGCACUGACCCUCGAGAACGAUAAAGAAUGGUUCUGUAUCGAUGA